AGGAAGAACCUCCCGAUCCUCAGCCUGUGGGUCCUAAGAGCAGCGAGUUCCGCUUCCUAGAGAGGCAGGGAAAAUCAACAGAUAUUCCGCCAGUAGAAGAAAAAGGGCCUUGCUUGGCUCCCUCAAUGGAGGCCAAAGUCCAGCAAGAACCACCCUCAUUCCCCAUUUUCCCAGCUCCAUCUGUUCUAGAAGAGCAGCCACCAACCAAGACAUCUCCUGGGCCUGAGGACCCUCGGCCCCUCCAUUUUGCCAAGAGAAUGGACAUGGCAGCCAUUUGUGGAGAGACAGACGAAGGGGUUGAGAGUGGUGAGGAAGGGGUCUUCCAAGAGCGGGACAUGUUUGCCCUAAAUGAAGAGGAUGUCCAGGCCUUCAAGGAUUCCGAGAUGUGCAACACCACAGUUAAACUGUGCAGAGAGGACAAGCCAGCCAGUGAGCAAGCAAAUGGAGUCACCCUGAGCUCACAAAGUGAAGAAGCCUGCCAGCUUUCAACAUCCUCCCUGACAGCAGCCCAGGAUGAACCUGUCAUCACAGAACUACCAAAGAGGGGACGAGGGAGACCAAGGAAGCAGCCACAAAUACGAACUGGAGAGCCAUCUCUUAAAAGACCAAGAGGAAGACCAAAAGGAACCAAAAACAAGAGUCCAUCUAAUUCAACUCAGAAGGUGCCUUACAGCCAACAAGAGAGCAAGCGAGUCAGUAGGUGGCAGGGGAGCAAGAGAAGGGAAAAGUUAGUGAGUGGGCAAGUGAGCAGGCAGCCCUGGCGAGAGAAUGGAGUUAGAAUGAGCACACGAGCUAAAGGAGCUGGUCAGCUUUCAACUUUUUCCAUGGCAACAUCCCAGAAGCAACUUGCCAGCACAGAACCAUUAAAGAAGAGACGAGGGAGACCAAGGAAGCAGCCACAGGAACCAAUGGGAGAGCCAUCUCCUAAAAGACCAAGAGGAAGACCUAAAGGAAGAGGAAACAAGAGUCCAUCUAAAACAGCUCAGAAGGUGCUGUGCAAGCAAUGGAAAGAGAAAGACAGUGGCUGGGUAGGGAGCAAGAGGGCAGAAAAGCCAGUGAGGAAGAGAGAGAGAGAACAACUCUGGAAAGCAAAUGGAGCCACGAUGAACACACAAGGUGAAGGAGCCAACAAGCCUUCAAUUUCUUCUGUGGCAGCAGCCCAGGAUGAACCUGCCAAUAUAGAACCACCGAAGAGGAGACAAGGGAGACCGAGGAAGCAGUCACAACUUCCAGUUUCCUUUGAGGAAGUGGCUGUGUAUUUCAUCAAGGAAGAGUGGGGUCCUCUGGAUCAAGGCCAUGGGGCUUUCUACAAGGAAAUGAGGAUGGAGGAUGAUGGAAACAUAGCCUCUCCAGGUAAUCAGAAGGAGCAGAAGAAUUUGGAAGAGCCCUCUAUGGUGCAUUGGGAAGCAACCAAUAUUGUUGUGGGAAAAGAGGAGAUUGUAAAUCCAGGAGGAAUGGAAAUUCAAAUGGAAAACCAAUCAAAGAAUGAGAAUAACUCCUCUGCUUCUCAGGAGGAGGAUAUUUGUGAAGUCGAAAACUAUAAGGGGAAAAGAGGAGUAAAAUGUUCUGACUGUGGAAAAAUAUUCCAAUGUAAAGGUCAUUUAAAAGUACAUUACAGAAUACACACAGGGGAGAAACCAUAUCAGUGCAUGGAAUGUGGAAAGAGCUUCAGUCAGCGUUCGAAUCUACGUUCACAUCAAAAAACCCACACAGGGGAGAAACCAUUUAAAUGCAUGGAAUGUGGAAAGACUUUCUCUCAUAGUCAGAAUUUGCAGUCACAUCAAAGAACUCACACUGGGGAGAAACCGUACAAAUGCAUGGAAUGUGGAAUGCGCUUCUCUCGUCCUGACUAUUUACAGCCACAUCAAAGAACUCACACAGGGGAGAAACCAUACAAAUGCAUGGAAUGUGGGAAAAGCUUCGCUCACAGUGCAGGUUUACGUUCACAUCAAAAGAUUCACACAGAUGAAAAGGCAUAUAAAUGCAUGGAAUGUGGGAAGAGCUUCAACUGGAGUGGGCAUCUGCGAUUACAUCAGAGAAUCCAUUCAGGGGAGAAACCAUAUAAGUGCUUGGAAUGUGGAAAGAACUUUUCUCGGAGUUCAUAUCUACGUUUGCAUCAAAGAUGUCACACAGGAGAAAAACCAUAUCAAUGUAAGAAAUGUGGAAAGAGCUUCAGUCAGGGUGCCCAUUUAAAUUCACAUCAAAGAAUUCACACAGGGGCGAGACCACAUAAAUGCAUAGAAUGUGGAAAGACUUUCACUCAUAAUCACAAUUUACAUUCCCAUCAAAGAACUCACACAGGAGAGAAACCAUAUAAAUGCAUCGAAUGUGGAAAGAGCUUCAGUCAGAGUGGACAUCUACAUACACAUCAAAAAACCCACACGCGGGAGAAACUCUAUCAAUGCGUGGAAUGUGGGAAGAGCUUCUCUGAUAACUAUAGUUUACGUUUACACCAAAGAGUCCACACAGGGGAGAAGCCAUAUCAGUGUACGGAAUGUGGAAAGCGCUUCAGUCAAGGUGCCCAUUUACAUUCACAUCAAAGAAUUCACACAGGGGAGAAACCACAUAAAUGUAUAGAAUGUGGAAAGACUUUCUCUCACAGUCAAAGUUUACAUUCACAUCACAGAACUCACACAGGGGAGAAACCAUAUAAGUGCAUGGAAUGUGGAAAGAGCUUUAGGCAGAGUGGAUAUCUACGGUCACAUCAAAGAACCCACACUGGGGAGAAGCCGUAUCAGUGCAUGGAGUGUGGAAAGAGCUUCAGUCAGAGUGGACAUCUAUGUUCACAUCAAAGGACCCACAAAGGGAAGAGGCGAUAUAAAUUCAUAAAAUAUGGAAAGAGCUUCAGUAACUGUUAACAUCUACAUUCACAUCAAACAGCUCACACAAGUGAAAGCACAUAAGUCCAAAUAAUGCGGGAGGGGACUUUUUCUUUAGUAGCCUUUGGGAGGCAGGGUGCUAGUCUGAUUUCCCCCUUCCAAAUGGAGAGGUGUAUCUGGGUUUAAAUUGGUUUUUUAAAAUCUUUAAUGAUGUUUUUUACUUGCUAAAUUCCUUUUUUUUUUUUUUUAAUUAAACCUGCUAAACCAAUUUGGCACCAAUGCCUCUGGUGUCCCUCUUGCCACUUGCUGUGAACUGGGCUGAGAUGGGGAAAUGAUGACAGCUUUGCAACCAGGUGGGGGUUGUUCAAUUUCCCUGUACUACGAAACAACCCCCCCCCCCCAGCAAAAUAGGGGACACAUUAUUUUCUUCACCAAACUCCCCAACCAUCCCACAUGCUGCCGCCUUCUGCCUCCUCCAGGCUCCAAGUUCCUCUUUCAUUCCUCCCCCCUGGUCUUGUGAUAUUGUACAGUGACUGUUAUUUAAGUCACUAUUUAUAGUUCGGUGUGACUAGUAGGCUAUACAGUCUUUUCCUAGGUGUUCCCAACAUGUCUCAGUUGCCCCCUCCCCUUCUCUCUUCAGAGCGCUCUGUGCAUGUUCAGAGCACUGCUUUCCUGUAGAUUCCAGCACUCUCCUGUCAGCAGAGACUUCAGGACUGCUCCUGUGGGGAACAGAAAUAUAAUUAUUACUAUUAUAUUUAUUUGUAUCCCUCCCUUUCCCUGAAACUGGGACUCAGAGCGGCUAACAAGAUUAAAACAGUACAAUUAAAAGCAUAGAAAAGUGUUACAUGAAAACCUGCCAGCAGAAGGCCAUCAAGGAGGGGGCCAGUCUGGUCUCCCUGGAAAGAGAGUUACAGAGUCUAGGGGCAGCCACAGAAAAGGACCUCUUUCUUGCCCCACCAACAGUGCUUGUGAUGAUGGUGGUACAGAAAGAUGGGCCUCUCCUGAGGAUCUCAGAGCCUGGAAUGGCUCAUACAGGGAGAUAUGGUCUGCCAAAUAGCCUGGGCCUGAACCAUAUAGAGCUUUAUAGAUCAUAACCAUCACUUUGAAUUGUGUCUGGAAACAAAUUGGCAGCCUGUGGAGCUGUUUUAAUAGGGGUGUUGUGUGAUCUCUAGAACCUGCCCCUAUUAACAAUCUGGCUGCAGCUCUUUGGACCAGCUAAGUUUCUGAAUACUCUUCAAAGGGAGCCCCAAGUGGAGCAUGUUACAGUAGUCCAAAUGGGUGUGACCCAGGCAUGUACCACUGUGGCCAUAUCUGAUGUCUCAAGGAAUGGGCACACUUGACACACAAGCUCUAAAUGCAAAAGCACACCUGGUCACUGCAGAGACCUGGGCCUCCAGGUUCAAGGCUAAGUCCAGGAGUACUCCAAACUGCGAACCUGCAUCUUCUGGCCAUCUAACACAGGCUGAAUCCCCAUUCCCUGAUCUGCCUUCUGACUGACCAGGAGCACCUCUGUCUUGUCUGCAUUAAGUUUCAAUUUGUUUGCCCUCAUCCAGUCCAUUGCUCAUGACAGACACUGCUCUGUUUUUAAAUAUUACAGGGAACUGUAAAUAUAUGUGGAAGACAUGGAUUAUUAGUAGGGUAUUAAGAUGUUUCUGCUGUUAUGAAUUAAAACUAGAUCUUAAAACGGAGAAAUUUCUGUUGUAAAGCUCUUUUAAAUUUAUUGUCAAGUAAUACUUGUAAAUGUGUUUAAUUCUCCUAUAUGUGUGUAUGCUGAGAACACCUUUUUGCCUCGGAAAGCUGUCAGCACCACUCUUGUAUUAUGACAGUGAAGUGAUCCAACCUGGCACUUCCUUUGAAAACCUGGCAUACAGCAAGCACACACCUGGUUUUGAAGAGGAGCCUUUGGGGACUGAUUUCACUUCAUCACAAGGUGGGUCCUCCCACACUCCUUAUCAAAGUCAAAUCUAGGAGCACCACAUUUGAGCAGAUUCUCUUCAAGGGAUCUUUGCACCCUUGAAAUCAUCAGAUCAGAGCCUCAAGAGCCAGAACCUGCUCAUUUUUGCUCCAGGAGGGAAAACACUUAUCUGUUGCUUGACUCAGGAGGAAGCCCUCCACCAGGACCACCACCUGGGAACAGGUUUCUGCCCCACAUUCCUUGACCCAGUUCUGCAUCUCUGGGGUAAGAUGGUCAGAAACUGCUCCAAAAUCACCAGGCCCAGGAUUCAGUCACUGACAGCAGAAAGGGUAGAGUCGGCUGCAAACCUCUUGGAGGCCCUUGCCAUCCGCAUAGAACUGGCUGAAAUGCUGGCACUGUAGGUCUGACUUGGCAAGUUCCUCUCCCAGGGACCUCUGGACUGUCUUCUCCCAUAACCCCCCACUGCUCUCAACUACCAGGGCUUCUAUUGUCUAUAGGAUCAGCUGGUUAAUCUAUACAUAUGUUUUUUCAUGCCAAUGAAACCAUAAGUAGAAUCAACGUUAUUCCUAUAUUCCAUCUGUCUCAGGGCAAAGAAGUCCCUAAUAUGCUCUGCUGCAACAACCUGUAAACCCAAUGCAUUAUUGUGUUUUUAUGGAUAUUACCAGGUAAUCAGACAGCACCAACAAUGUACAUUAUUAAGAACUAUUAUCUCCACAAGCCCAAGCCCUCAACCAAGAUCUUGUGAAUGCCAGAGUGCCAAGAGGCAUUCCAAAGAUUAAAACUGUGGUUUAAUUUGGAACCCAUCCUUAAACACCCUGACCCCUCACAACUAUUUGACUUGCAAGUUGAUGCUGGAGAUGGUUUUACAAAAAGCUUGUAAAGGGUAAGAGAUAUAAACUAUAAAUAUAAACAAUGCAGAUGAUUAUUCUCUUGUUUUCCCCUUCUCCCACAAAGGUUUAUAUACUUCAGAUUCCUGUUAAAUUUGUAUUAUUAGACACAAAUUAUAUAUUAUAAUAUAUAACUUUGCAGAUCCUAGUCAACCAAACAUUACUCUUUCUUCUUCCUCUUACACUGUCUAUAUGAUGCAAGAUAAAUUCCACUUUUCAACCUUCUGAACUUCAAGCCAUUUUCUCUUCCAUAUACUUCCAUAAACCCCCUUCCUUGUUCUCAUCCAGUUUCACUGAAUUUAUUUACUCACAGAUUUUAAUUUUUUUUAAAAAAUGUAAAUUUUGAAAAAUUAUUUAAAAGCAUUAAAUUUUAUAAAAAAUUUAUCUUCAACCAAAUGAAAUUAUAUAUAAGCAAAUGCAUACUGUGCAUAUGAUACUGCGAUUUAAAGGUAUAAUUUUAAUUUUGCUAGCUACAGCCAAUCAGGAGUCAUCUGGCAACAAGCCAAUAGAAUGUCAAUCAAGAGAAAGCUAGCUACAGCCAAUCAGGAGUCAGCUGGCAACAGCCAAUAGAAUGUUGGGGUAGGAACAGCCAAUCAAGAGAAAGCUAGCUACAGCUAAUCAGGAGUCAUCUGGCAAAAAGCCAAUAGAAUGUCAAUCAAGAGAAAGCUAGCUACAGCCAAUCAGGAGUCAUCUGGCAACAAGCCAAUAGAAUGUCAAUCAAGAGAAAGCUAGCUAUAGCCAAUCAGGAGUCAUCUGGCAACAAGCCAAUAGAAUGUCAAUCAAGAGAAAGCUAGCUACAGCCAAUCAGGAGUCAUCUGGCAACAAGUCAAUAGAAUGUCAAUCAAGAGAAAGCUAGCUACAGCCAAUCAGGAAUCAUCUGGUAACAAGCCAAUAGAAUGUUGAGGUAGCAACAGCCAAUCAAGAGAAAGCUAGCUACAGCUAAUCAGGAGUCAUCUGGCAACAAGUCAAUAGAAUGUCAAUCAAGAGAAAGCUAGCUACAGCCAAUCAGGAGUCAUCCAAUCAGUGGAUCCUUCCACAGGAAGAGAGAGCCAGUUAACACCUUCAACUGUCUCUAAACCGUCCUCUCUGCCUGCAGUGGAUCCUUCCACAGGAAGAGAGAGCCAGUAACACCUUUAAAUGUCUCUAGACCGCCCUCCCUGCCUGCAGUGGAUCCUUCCACAGGAACAGAGAGCCAGUAACACCUUCAACUGUUUCUAGACCGUCCUCCCUGCAGCCAUCAGGAGUGACUUUCAUCCACCAGGCCUUCCUCAACGAAAAGGGCUUCUCUUUUCUUCAUCCAUCUGAGGAGUGACUUUCAUCCACCAGGCCCGCCUCAAGGGAAAGGACUUUCCAUUCCUACAUCCAUCUGAGUCGGAUCUAUCAGGCCUGCCUCAAGGGAUAGAGCUUUCCUUCCCUGCAUCCAUCUGCCACCUCUCCUUCCAUCACUCUCAGCAGCUGGGACCUUGAGGAAAGGCUUCCAAUCCCACCCCUUCCUUCUCUAUUAAAUCCCUUGUGUCUUGUGGUAUUUAGGCAAUAUUACCAAGUAUAGUCGGCUAUUAUAUUCCUACUUUUGUCAUUAUUAUCUUCUCUUCUUUUGAUUAUCGCUUACUGAAUCCUUUCCUUCCCAUGGCUCCAUGCAUC